AUGAGCUUAAAACAGACGGGCAAGUAUGGCUCUCAAAAAUCUUUCAGGAACCACAACUAUACAUCCAGAAAUGACCUAAACUACGACAACAUUACCGACAGAUUCAUUUCAACCCUAGAAGAUAAUGGAAAUCAAGGGUAUUAUCGAAGCAUUAUAACCAAAUCCUCGGGAUUCCACAACAAGCAAAAUGAGAUAACAAGUCCAAUAACAGGUGAAAAUGGGUUCUUCGACAACCCGUUUCUGAUUCGCGAUGAUAACUUUCUACUGAGAUCCAACCAAGAGUCGUCCACAAGACAAACUGGUAACUUGUCUGAAGAUGAUAUUGCAAGGCGAUUUGACGACCUCUCUGUUAACGACGCAUCAGAGUCAGAACCAUUUCAAAAAGAGGACGCCAAUUUACAUAAAGUAAGUGUUGCGAAAGCUUUGGGAUUUCGUAUCAAGUCGCGGAUUCUGAAUUUCAGACCGUCCAGAGUGUCCAAUUUAAGAAAGAAACCCGUUGGGGACAUGAUCGAGAAUAAACAGCCACCCCAAUCAGAUAUAGGCGGUAGCACGAUAGCAAGCCCUCCCAGCUUGAGCAACACGUCAAAAGAGAAAAUUAAAACAGAAGUCAAAUUCAAGGUUUUGGAUGCUCCGGGCCUCAGGAACGAUUUCUAUGCCAAUGUAGUUUCUUGGGGCAGAAAAAGUGAUCGGAUCGCCGUAGGUUUGGGAACUGUGGUUUACACAUGGAGCAACAAAACUGGAACAACACCACUGCAGACAAUAGAAGAGGUAAUUUCAUGCGUUUCAUAUAGUUACGAUGACAUAUUGGCUGUUGGAACAAAAACGGGACGAGUUAUCAUAUACUCUGAAAAUGCAAGGACGAUCAAUACAACAUCAAUUCUUAGACCCAGCACAGGCAUUUGCUGUAUCUGCUGGAUCAAAGAAACAAGUUCAUUUUUUGCAGGGGACGAUCUAGGAGAAGUCACAUUAUACGAGUUGGUUGAGGUAGAUAAUGGGCAGAAUUCACCUCAAUAUCGACUCACAGUAGGGUGCUCUUUCAAAUGCAAUGAACAACAGAUAUGUGGUAUCGACGUAAGUCCGGACAGGCAACAAGUGACCAUUGGCGGAAACGACAAUUGUUGCACCAUCUGGGAUAUCAGCAAUCUGCACAAACCGAUACUAAAGUCAUGUCUCCCUCACCAAGCCGCUGUCAAAGCCAUCGCAUAUUGCCCAUGGAUGCCACAUUUACUUGCAACCGGGGGAGGAUCCAAAGAUAGGAACAUCCGAUUCUGGCACACAAACACCGGCACCUUACUUGACAAAAUCCAGACCAAGGGACAAGUUACGUCUUUGAUUUGGUCCAAAUCGAGGAAGGAGAUACUUGCAACCUUUGGAUUUGGUGAUAAUACAGAAAAGCCUGUUUUAAUAUCUGUUUAUUCGUAUCCAUCAAUGAAGUUGCAAGUCAAGCUGGCAUCGACAUCUAACAUUCGGGUAUUGAGCGCAGUUUCUUCCCAUGACUCGAAGUCAAUUUGUACUGCAAUUAGCGACCAGUCUGUCCGUAUCUAUUCCAUUUGGAACUCAAAAUAUGACCUGACAAAUGGCGAAUAUGAUAGCGGGCUUUUUGGCAGCGAGCUCAUCGAGUUGGAAGAAGGGGUUGAUAGCGGUUUCGACAUUAUAAGAUGA